CCAGCAUACACAGAAUCUUAGGCCAAAAGUCUGUCUGUUUUCAAUCCAUAUUUUAUUUCAACAAGGAAGAGGGAAGGAGGGAGAGAGGCCUGGUUUGUUUGGUCUAGUCUGGUCCAAGAAUCUGCUUCUUUGAGGGUUUGGGUCCACCCCGUUUUGCCCAUUUCCUCUAAGCCGAUCGCCAUUAAUGAGUAAAUCAAGCUCUGCAACUCCACCCUCAUCGGCAAAACCCUCAUGGGUCCUCCCUUAUCGGACCCAACCCCUCACCGAUUUCUACACCCUUGGCAAGAAGCUCGGCCAAGGCCAAUUUGGAACCACUUUUCUUUGCACCCACAACCAAACUGGGUUCAACUACGCCUGUAAGACCAUCCCUAAGCGCAAGCUUCUGUGCAAAGAGGACUAUGACGAUGUUUGGAGGGAGAUUCAGAUAAUGCAUCAUUUGUCUGAACAUCCCAACAUCGUUAGGAUCAAGGGCACUUAUGAGGAUCCGGUCUCUGUUCAUUUGGUGAUGGAGCUUUGUGCGGGUGGGGAGCUGUUUGAUAGGAUCGUUCAAAAGGGUCAUUACAGUGAGCGAGAGGCGGCUAAGCUAAUUGGGGUUAUUGUGAGUGUUUUGGAGUCUUGUCAUUCGCUUGGAGUUAUGCAUAGAGAUCUUAAACCUGAGAACUUCCUGUUUCUAAGUGUGGAUGAAGAUGCUGCUCUUAAGGCUACUGACUUUGGGCUCUCUGUCUUCUACAAGCCAGGGGAAACGUUUUCGGAUGUUGUCGGUAGUCCAUACUACGUCGCACCAGACGUGUUACGCAAGCAUUAUGGACCGGAAUCUGAUGUUUGGAGUGCAGGGGUUAUCUUAUAUAUCCUAUUAAGUGGGGUACCUCCAUUUUGGGCAGAAACUGAAAUAGGGAUCUUCCGACAGAUAUUACAAGGACGACUGGAUUUCGAAUCGGAACCGUGGCCUGGCAUUUCAGCAAGCGCAAAGGAUCUUAUACAGAAAAUGCUUGACAGAAAUCCAAAGAGAAGGCCCACUGCUCAUGAAGUCCUAUGUCAUCCAUGGAUUGUAGAUGACAAAGUUGCCCCAGAUAAACCUCUCGACUCGGCGGUAUUAUCACGGUUGAAGCAGUUCUCGGCUAUGAAUAAGCUAAAGAAAAUGGCUCUAAGAGUAAUUGCUGAAAGGCUUUCCGAAGAAGAAAUUGGGGGACUGAAAGAGUUGUUCAAGAUGAUAGACAUGGACAACAGUGGAACGAUAACCUUCGACGAACUAAAAGAAGGCUUGAAACGAGUCGGCUCGGAACUUAUGGAGUCUGAGAUUAAGGAUUUGAUGGAUGCAGCAGACAUUGACAAUAGUGGAACCAUCGACUAUGGUGAAUUUCUUGCUGCUACAAUCCAUCUGAAUAAACUAGAAAGGGAAGAGAACUUGUUGUCGGCCUUCUCAUAUUUUGAUAAGGAUGGUAGUGGUUUCAUAACCAUUGAUGAACUUCAACUAGCCUGCAAAGAGUUUGGCUUGAGCGAUCUGCAUCUCGACGACAUGAUCAGUGAAAUCGACGAAGACAAUGACGGGCGUAUAGACUAUGGCGAAUUUGCAGCAAUGAUGAGAAAAGGCAACGGAGGAGUGGGAAGGAGGACGAUGAGAGGACCGAUGAAUUUAGGAGAAGCUCUCGGCCUAUCAACAAGUGCCAACAACCAAUCUAUUGAUAAUCCUACCUAAGAAGCUUACAUAUUACCUGUAUGAAUCCUAUUUUAGUUCCAUGAACGUUUCGAUAAAACAAAAACUAAACAUCCUUACUGUUGCGAUUCUCAUUUGAGGAACAGAUAUUUAAAUAGAAGGCAUCAGAUGAAAUUAUUUCAGCAA